AUGGGAAGGGAGGUUGGUGAAGCACUCUGGAAUAUUGUAUUUUCGAUCACUUCGGGGUUUCCACCCUGGCCAGCAAACCAGAAAUGGUCAAGUAAUGGGCAUUUUGUGCUACGUAAAAAUGAGGGAAUCCCUGGCAAUGGUUUCUUCACUAACGCGCAAAGUGUGGGAGUGGCGCUCACCGUGCUACUCAUGGCCAUCUCGCACCACAUCCGAAGCUUGCCGAGAAACCAGCGGAGCCUUCGUGAGGGUACUGGAUCGAAGUUCCUAUAUCUGGUGAAGCACAAUGUGGAUGUUGGGGAUGGUGUCGCAGACAGACCUGCACGACGAGCACCACCUGCAGUCGAGAUCUGCAUCCUUGCACUUGACCCACAUCUCGAGAUUUCCUCGCCGCCGCUCUUCACAGGCUCUUCAAAGUCCUUCCCAUCUAUGCGCUUGUUGAGAAGAACUCUUUUGCAUGUGGCCACAGGACCACUGGAAACCUGUUCUGCAGCGACGGCAAUGCAGGGGAUGGAGACGACACCACCCUCGUCUCUGGGGUUCGAAACGUUACUGCAGAAGGGACAGUCUGUGUCACGAGACGGAAAAAACGUAUCAGACGGGUGCUUGAGAAGACCCCCAUCACGUGCGGUGAUGGUAAACGAUUCCGAAUCAAACAUAACAAAUUUUGGCUUCAGUUCGACUGAAUCACCAUCCCCUUCGGAUUUCGUAUUAGAUGUGGGAGGGGCUGGGGUUGGGUCCAGGGUUGAGUUUUUCAGAAAGGCCAGUAGCAUUUCCGAGCUUAACUGUUGCUCCACAAUAUCGCGGUUGCGCUCAUUGCCAAAGCAGACGGACAAUAGUGUCCCAAUCAAAAUUGGUGUCAGCUUUGGGUCACUGAAAAACGCAAACGGGAGAUCGCAGAUCUGUGCACAUCUUACUAGCCAGGGCAUUAUAAGAAGCUGUUACCCUUCAAGGACGCAACAGCAUUUUCGAAGUGAUAUCAGGCAGCCCUACCUAUUUAAACUAAAUUUUUGUAACGUAACAUCUAUGCACUUCCGUCUCUGCCCAGAGUGCAGGAUGAGAGAAGAUAUGUUGAAUAGUGGGUAUUGACGAAGUAACAGUGACCACAACAUGUGAAAAAACAUAGAAUCAAAGAGAGCUACUUUCACAA